CUCAUUCUCUCUCUCUCUCUCUCUCUCUCUCUCUCUCAUCAAAAAAUGCAGUCACAGAUCCUUCCUCUGUCAAACCCAUGUGGGACAAUGGCAGUGGAGAAGAUGUUACUGAGAUCGGCGGAGGAAGAUGUGUCGGUUACUCGGCUUCUGAUUUCUCCACAAUUUGAGGGAGAGAGGGCAAUUGAAGUCAAACCCAUUUUUCCUAGUGCUUCCAGCUACAUAAGCACUGCCACUGGUGGUUCCAAAUUCUUCCAGAAACGACGGCGUCGGACCGCCGGCGAGUCUUCUCUUGCCGGCGGCGGUGGCAAGUCGUUUGGUGAGGGCAUUGAGGAUGCGGCGUCGGAGACCAAUCUCAUGACUCGGCUUGGCUUCAACCUCUUGCGAUAUCUCGGGGUUGGCUACAGAGGCAUCACCAGAUUACUUGCCAUUGGCUGUUAUGCUUUUCUAAUUUUCCCUGGUUUUAUUCAAGUUGCGUUCUACUAUUUCUUCUCAAGGCAAGUCCAUAGAGGUAUAGUUUAUGGUGAUCAACCAAGAAAUAGGCUGGAUCUGUAUUUACCUAAAAAUACUGAUGGCCCGAAGCCAGUUGUUUCAUUUGUAACAGGUGGAGCCUGGAUAAUUGGUUAUAAAGCAUGGGGUUGUCUUUUAGGGAAACAGUUAUCAGAAAGAGACAUUAUAGUGGCCUGCAUAGAUUACAGAAAUUUCCCCCAGGGGACUAUGAGUGAUAUGAUAAAGGACUCUUCUGAAGGUAUCUCAUUUGUGUGCAAUCAUAUUGCUGAAUAUGGAGGUGAUCCCAACAGGAUUUAUUUAAUGGGACAGUCAGCUGGUGCCCAUAUUGCUGCUUGUUCUCUCUUGGAGCAGGCGAUUAAAGAGGCUGGUGAUGUAGAGAGUACUUCCUGGAGUGUGUCCCAGUUAAAGGCUUAUUUUGGUUUAUCUGGAGGCAUAAUGGAGGGGGAACAAUCUAUUCGACGAUUUUCUCCUGAAGUAAUGGUACAGGACCCCAACGUUAAAAAUGCAGUCUCUCUCCUACCUCCUGUUGUCCUUUUUCAUGGCACUGGAGAUUAUUCCAUUCCAUCAGAUGCCAGCAAGAAUUUCGCGGGCACACUUCAAAGAGUUGGUGGGAAAGCUGAAUCAAUUUUGUAUGAUGGACGGACUCACACAGAUAUUUUCGUGCAGGAUCCAAUGAGAGGAGGAAAAGAUCAAAUGUUUGAAGAUAUAGUCGCUCGUAUUCAUGCUCGAGAUUCAGCGGCCCUCGCCAAAGACGCAGUCGCACCUCCAAGAAAACGACUUGUACCUGAGUUUAUGUUGAAGUUAGCAAAUAGUGUCAGCCCAUUUUAGUCUCUCUCUUCUUCUUCUUUUUUUUUUUUUUUUUUUUUUU